AGAUCUGCUACUGUGCACCGUAAUACUUGCUAACAUCCACCGGCUUACCGUGAACGGACUGUAUGGAUCUAUCAUCGCAUGUUUGGGAGAGGAUUUAAUGCUAAACGAGAGGACUUCUUAACAGAUUGAAUUGGGACGCUUUCCUCCCCCUGAACGCGGGGAACUGGAUUAAUCUUCUUCAUGCAACUUUUUUGGAAAGAAACCAAGAGCAUCUCGCCGGGAAAUAACAAAAAGAUCAGCAACUUACUUCUACUUAAGUAAUCUUCUUGUGUGUGCCGCUGCCCUGCCGCUGCAGGUGACAUCGCGUUCUCUCCGGUAACUGCAGGUGUUGCGUUCACUUUCGGUCCCUCCGGGGAGAUGUACCAAGGGUUCCCCGGCGACCCCGACAGCGGAUCCCGUGGAAGCUCGUCUCCAUCCAUUGAGUCCCAGUACCUUUCCUCCGUGGACUCCUUCGGGAGCCCGCCGACCACCAGCGCUCCGCAGGAGUGUGUGUCAGCGGGUGCUGGCUUGAGCAUUGUGGGCAGCGGGCCUGGGACCAGUGCCGGAGGGGAGAUGCCCGGUUCAUUCGUGCCAACCGUCACCGCCAUCACCACCAGUCAGGACCUGCAGUGGAUGGUUCAGCCAACCCUCAUUUCCUCCCAGGCCUCUGGACAGAGCGGGACCACUGGCACCUCAACCAUGACCCAGCCAGUCUCACUGGUUGACCCUUACGACAUGCCAGGCCCCAGUUACUCUUCAGCAUCUGGAUUCACUCCUCCAAGUUCAGAUACUCCAGGCCCAGCACCGGGCCCCAUUCGCCAGUCCAGAACCCGCAGCCGCCGCACACGAGACGAGUCUGUGAGUGAGGAUGGAGAUGUUGGUGUGUUACUCACACCGGAGGAGGAGGAGAAGAGGCGUGUCCGGCGAGAAAGAAACAAAUUGGCCGCCGCCAAGUGCAGAAACCGGCGACGAGAGCUCACAGACAGACUGCAGUCGGAGACAGACAUACUGGAGGAGGAGAAGGCAGAGCUGGAGGCUGAGAUCUCUGAGCUGCAGAAGGAGAAGGAGCGGCUGGAGUUUGUCCUGGUGGCCCACCAGCCGAACUGUAAGAUCACCUACCAGGAACAGCCUCAGCAGAGCUCAGAGCAGCUCCCUCCGGUCCAGACCCAGCUCCAUCCCCAGACCUUACAACCUCCUGUCUCCAUUGUGGGCUUGGCUGUGAAGGAGGACACUUUCUAUCUGCCUCCUGCCUACACAGCCCAUCCGGCCUCCUCACAGUCCCAGCUUCCGGUUCAGCAGCAGCCGCAGCAGCAGCAGCCGCAGCAAGUCCAGCAGCAGCAAGUCCAGCAGCAGCCUCAGCCAGGGAUAAUGCAGGAGGUAGAGUUUUCUAGUUCUUUCUAUGGCUCAAGUGAGCCGGCACCUGGCGGGCCAUGCCUCAUGGCCAGCGACAGUGGUGGUGGUGGUGGUAACCAUGACGAUGCGGCCAUUGGCAGCUACAACACCUCAUACACAUCUUCAUUUGUGUUCACCUACCCAGAGGGAGCCUGCGGGGUCAGUGCCAACCAGCGGAACAGCAGUAGCGAGCAGUCAUCCGAUUCCCUGAACUCACCUUCGCUGCUGGCGCUCUGACUGACCGACAAACACACGCGCACACAUAUCAACACACACACACAUCGCUGGAAGUAGAGGCUGAGUUAAGUACACGUAUAGUGCCAAGCAGUCUCACAGAUUGAGAAAAAAAAAAAAAAAAAGAAAAGAAACAAUCAUGUGUUUCUGAUUGGGUUAAAGUUUACACAUUCUGAAAUGCAUUCCAAUAAAGAGCCAUAUAAACAGAGAGUUGCACAUGAAAUCAAUUAAAUCAAACCUUUAAUAUUGAGCUUAACAAAGAAAACAUUUGUUUUUUAUUAUAAGAAUAACUGCAACUGGACACGAUGAGUAAAUAAACACACAGGCCGUCCAAGUUGCCAAUCUUAAGUGUUCUGAAUGAACAAAUUAAUUCACAGUCAAUACUCCCAAUCUUCAUCAUGUACAGUACAUUGAGUGAGAUAAACCACACGCUCACUUUACACUCCAACAACAAGCACUGGUGCCCCCACCUUGUUCCCUCUGUCGGUCGCCCCUUUUCCAGUGCUCUUGCUCUCAUCCUUUUCCAUCCUUUUCUCCCUUCUUGUUCUUGCUGAAUGUAUUUGUGCAGAUCUGAAAUAGGGACAAAGGACACUUUUGUUCAGGGUCUUUUCUUGUGGGAGACAGACUGCUGAUCUCUCGCUCACCUCUUAACACUUCAUCUGCUCGACUUCCUUCUGCUUCUUCAUUUGCUGCUUGGACUUGGCAAGUUGGGGGAUCUGAAUAUCACAGCCUCCACUUAAAUCUUGUGCUUUCUUCUCUCGUUUUUACAAUUCUUCUGCCGUCUGCCUACCUGCCAUGCUAGACCCAUCUCUAGCCAACUCUGUUUCUCCUCUUCUGUCUCUGUGUUUUCUCCCUCUCUCUGAAGUCUUCAACCCCCGAGAGCCCGAAGACCCCCGAGAGCCCUUGGGACCUUGAGUGAAUGCCGGCCCAACUAACACGAGCCUUUUGCACCCUCUCAUACAAGGACAUGGACGCAACAACCACCCACCCAACCACCCACCUCCCCCUGACCCCCUACCCCCCCUGAACAGAAGAACCUUUUUCUGGAGCGCAUUGCUCAGAGCGGAUCCUUACAGUGAACAGUAAUUGAAUACUUUCACACACGCACAUAGAUGCAAAAUGCAAGAUGGAUGCCACUGUCUUCUGCUGAGCCAUUUUUCCAAUGUUGACACAAUGAAGAUUAAGACACAUCUUAUGUUGUGAGGCUGAUUUAAAAGCGAGGAUGGAGAGGGAGUUUGUUGCAGCAGCGCACCGGCUCCGUGUUUUUGCCAGCCUGUUUGCUCAGAAUCAAUCAGAUGUGAACCGAUGCCUUUUAACUCGAGGAGGGACGUUUUUUUUUCUAAUGUAGUGAAUCAGACAACCUCUAAAUAUUGGGCUCAGUGGUCUCCGCACCUCCCCUGUUCUCUCAGCGGAGACAAGGUGGGGGUGCUUUUAUUAUGAGUGUGUCCACUCGGAGGCACCUGGCCCGUUUAUUUCUUUCUUUAUGGAGGUUGAUGUGGCGAGUGAGCACAAAGCAAGACCCGGGAAACAAAAAAGGGGAGAACAUGCGGGCUGAUGUUGUGGAGUGAGCGUCCUUUCUUCGCCUGUGAAUUUGAAACAGUUUGUUUUUUCCUGUAUGUUUGCGUGAGAACUGUUAUAUAUUUUAAUGUUUAUGUUUGUUUGUGCGUUUGAUUGUUUUUGCAUUGACCUCUGCUUUCACUUGUGCUGUUGUCGUUUCUUUUUUUUGUUUGUUUGUUUGUUUGUUUUUAAUCGAGAGAUUUAUUCAUAACUGUUACUAUUAUUGUUGCAUUGUAACUAUUGUUUCAUUAUUUUAUUGUAUUUUCAUUUGGCAACUUUUGGAGGCAUGUUGUGCACUACAAGGGUUUUUCUGUGUCAAAAAAAAAAAUUAUAAAUCUAUAUGCAUAUACAUAUAUACAGGUAACAUGUAUAUAUAUAAGUGUAUGUUCCAUGAUUGUAAAGUAUGAAUGUCUGCAGAUCUAAAUGGGAUAUUUUUGUCAAUGAAGAACAAGACAAGAUGUUACUGAGGUUUAGUUUUAAAAUGAAUAUUUUUCUAAAGGAGCAAAAAAAAUAAAUAAACUUAAAAUAUUGCCCUGUCCCUUAACAUGAA